AUGUUUUCCGGAGCCGGACUUUACCAGAAGUACUUGAACGCCGCAUGCGCUCUCGGCGGUCUCUUUGAAGUGGCGUCUGCGGCUGCAGCUGAGUGUUUCUUCGGAGGGAGAAUGAUGUUCGACUUUGAGGAGGCAGACUUCUUUUUUGAAGCUGAGAAAAGAAAAAGAAAAAAACACAAAAAACACAAAACCAGCAUGACUGUGAAAACACAAGAGAGCAUCCAGAAGAAAAAGAAAAAUAAAAACUUCAAAUUCAGAGAUGCAAUGAAGGAAAGGAAACAAAAGAAAAAAGAAAAGGAGAAACGUAGACUGCCUUUAGAGUUCGAUGUCAGUCUUUUAUUUGAAGAGCGAAAUAGUGCACAGGAAACGUUUUUUGAGAACCUUGAAGCAUCGUAUCCACCUGAUCCUCUGACUCCAGACUCCAGGAAGAAAAGCAAAAGAAAAAACAAAGUCGUGUUUGACGUGCCGCCCUGUCACAUCCGUAUCAAACGCCCUAAAUUUGCAUCAUCAUCCAUCGAAGAGAAGGAAUCCGUGAGAGACGCUGAGAGCUGUUCGCAGGUCGCAGUGACAGGGAGCAGUCCCGAUCAUGGCUCUCAGUGCACCAGUGACGACAUCAACAGCCAGGAUUUGUUUAUUACCCAGAAGACUUUCAGAAAACCGCUCCCCGAUCCCUCCAGAGGCGAAGCUAGUUACAGACCUCUUGUGGCAUCUCCUGAACUGCAAACACAGCAAGGCAACAGCCAGCAUCCUCCGCUGGUGAAACGGUUUCAUGAAGAAGCAGACAAAUGGCCACAAGGCUCACAGCCUCAUCAGCUGUGCGUGCAGUCGAACCCAGAAGAAGCUGAAGAAAAUAAAGCAUUACAUAAACUACAGAGGAAGAAAACAAAGUCCUUUCUGACACAAAACACAAACGUUUGUGAAGAGAAGAGCGUCGCACGUCCCGUAAGUUUAAAGCACAGAGUGGGGAAUCCUUUCCUGGAUGAGCCAGUCGUUGUAAAGUCCUCCUUGGAAGUUGCAGAGCAAAAUACCUGUCCUCCAAAUCAGCAAUCCCCUUCAUCCCUUCCACGUAUCGAUGAGUCACUGCUACCUCCCAGGCCCACAGUGAGCUCUUCAACACAGACAGAAAACUUCUUCACCACUGAGCUCUCCUCCUACCUCAGCUUCUGCCAGAAAAGUAGACCAACCGUUUGUUUCGAGGACCUGAAACCUUUAGACCUGAGCCUUCCGCAGAAGGCGAGAAAAGACCUCAGGAGCAGUUUGUCGGAACUAGAGGUCAAAAACGAAGGAGAAGCAGGAGGCAAGGCCCCAUCUGAUUCUUCACACGUGAAGGAGAAGCGUUUGCCUUCGGGCCGAGGGGAAACUACUCCCAGCCCGCAGUUUUCAGAGUCUGAUCAAAAGUCUGCUGACACGACGACGUCCAGCGAGGACAGCGAGCAGCCGUGCCGCAUGGGCAAGCUGGACCUGAUUCAGGUCAGAGCGGUCCAGAUGAGACUCAACGAAUCCUUCUUCUUCAAGAACAAAGGAGAGAGACCGUCGCCCAGGCCCGAGUCACCGCUGAUGAAACUCGCUCAGGGCAGAGACGUCAAGAGCAGGAAGAGCUGCAGUUCACACAUAUAACCGAUAAAUAUUAAUUAAUAUGUUAGACCUGUUGGCUGAUAUCGACAUAUCAGCAAAUAAGAUGGCAUUAGUUGAUGUCAGUGAUCAGUAUUUAUCUGUUCUGGUUCAGUUUUAAUGGCUUCUGUUGAAGAGCAGUCUGUAUCAAAUGUGUCAAAACUCACCUCGAACCUCUUUAAGCAGAAAGGCGGUGACAUCAACACUGUGAGGGAGCUCAGGAUGUCUAUGAUUAUCAUAUACACUGGAGAAUUCUGAUGUCCGCUAUAUGGACAAAAGUACUGGGCCGCAGCUCUUAAUGUGUGAGUGCAGCUGUGUUUAUUACCAUUACCACAGGUUUAAAAUAAUAAAGCAGCGGCCUGCCUUUGCAAACAUUUGUGAAGGAAUGGGUCGCUCUAAAGCACCCGCCAAAGUUGUUAUGUUACAUGAAUACAAGAAACACGCUGUUAUUAAAUCAAAAGUUGACUUCUAGGAUAGAAAAACAAACUUGUUCUUCCUCUGAAUCGGCUCAUUUGGACCUGUUCUGAAGUUUUGGUAUUUCUCUGUAAGUUCAUCCUUUAAUUAAAGGAGUUUCAGUGGCAGGUUUUUUUAAUGCCAUGUCACUGUGACAUCAUAUCGUAGUUCAGUAUCGUAUCAUAUUGUAGUUUAUAACUUGGUCCAUUCUGCAUAAG